AUUAUCAAGUCCUUCCACUCGUCCAUAUUAGAAAAUGCCUCCGAAGAAAGCCAAGGCACCCAAGGAAGAAACUACCGUCUCGCUGGGACCUCAGGUCGCUGAGGGCGAGCUUGUUUUCGGUGUUGCACACAUCUUCGCCUCUUUUAAUGAUACCUUCGUCCAUGUUACGGAUCUGUCGGGGAAAGAAACCAUUUCUCGUGUCACCGGUGGCAUGAAGGUCAAGGCUGACCGUGACGAGUCUUCCCCAUACGCAGCCAUGUUGGCAGCCCAAGAUGUUGCUGCACGAUGUCGUGAGGUCGGAUUCACUGCUCUUCACAUCAAGCUCCGUGCGACUGGUGGAACUGGCACCAAGACUCCUGGUCCUGGUGCACAGAGCGCUCUUCGUGCCUUGGCUCGUGCCGGAAUGAAGAUUGGACGUAUUGAGGAUGUCACUCCCGUGCCCACUGACUCCACCAGGCGCAAGGGUGGUCGCCGUGGUCGUCGUCUCUGAUUGCCCUCUCGCUUUCGUCGGGUACUACACCUAUCAAAAUGAGCUGUUAUGAUUGUA